AUGCAGUUAUUGGACAUGGUGAGGGAGAGUGGACAGCUGGCUUCGAGUACAUCUUUCCCGGUCACACUCUCCACAUACUCUAGUCUACUAUCGGGACUCCCUGGAUCGACAGAGAGACAAUCAGAUGACAUGGCAACCAGGCCAUAUGGCGAUCCCGGUGUCCCCUAAUUUGCUUUGACAUAGUAGAGUUCCAUUUGCCGGAUCGUGUCAUGCGCCAGUUCGGAUUGGAGCAGCUUAUUCCGGAUGCUUGUGACACCCAAGCUACACUACAUGCCAUUGAUCAGAGGACUACCGACAAGAACUUCCUUGUUCGAUAUCGAUUGCACGUUGAUGCAUGGAAUGCUCGAGAAAGCGUGAUCGUUCAAGGGGAAAACUACACUGGUCAAAGCUUAGGUAUGUACAUGGCGUGGUACAGGCAGAUCACGAUAUUGCGCCUCACGAACCCAACAUCUGCACAACCAUCAUCGCACUAUCAUCCUACUGCUACAAUAUUGGCUGAGCGCAUAAGAUCAGUUCUAGUACAGUGUAGUGACGCAACACAAGGUGCCUCUGCGUUGCCUGUUGAUGUGGGGUAUCGCCUAUGUACUCAGACAUUAGGCUCCAUCAACAUGUCGUUGACUGAGGCCUUAUGUUUGACGGGGUAUGAUUAUCUUAUUCCCACUCGUCCCACUACCAUUGAUGAUGACACGUUGCACACUCCUUCCACUUCGGGUUCUCGUCACAGAGGUAGUUCUUCAAGAGGUUCAUCAAGAGGAUCCGGUCGUUCAUCUUCUCGAGGUCGAUCCUCAGAAUCUCCAUCAACCUCUACAGGCGCUAUGUCGCCAUUUGUUCCCCCAGGCCCAUUGUUCACUCCUCCACAUCCAUCGCCUCCUAACCGGAUCUUGACGUAUCAACGUGCUAGUCAACGACGAGCGCCUAUUCUUGAAGUCAUCACAGAGGCUGAGGAGUCCACAUCGACCUCUACGACUGAUGCACGCACCAAACGGGGUCGGGGAGUCUAGAUUAGUUGACUUGUGAUGUUUAUUGUACAUAUUCAACUUAUGUAUUAUUUUGGAUGGUCAUUAUGUAAUAUAUAUGCGCUCUUUUCAUUUGUCAUG